AUGCAUUCCUCCGCCGUGCCUCGAUCCUCCGCGUGGCCCAUGAAUGGCCCGUAUGGAGGCCGUGGCCCUAUGCCGCCAGGCGGUGCCCCGGGAUACGGAAUGUAUAACCAAACGGGACCCUUUCAGAUGGUUAAUGGAGCAGUUCCUCCGCGCAAUGCGUUAAUGAAACGAGGCCCUCCCGGGGCCGGAAUGCAACCACCUUCACCAUGGUCCGCUGAGGGGAGUCUGUACGGGAGGAGGGGUUCAAACACAGGGUCUCUGCGAAACAGUGCCAAUGGCGGAAGUGCUUACAAUGGAAUGAGUGGGCCAACUGGAGGCAGUUUUUAUAAAGAAAUGGGUCCUCGUACUGGAUCUAUGCGUGGCAACGCUUACGAAAUGCAAAAUAUGGGGUUAGGUGGCCCGAUGGGAAGUGGGUAUGGCAAUUUUCCUCCCACACAAAGGACGAGCAGUGGCAUGGGAGGUUCCAUGUAUGGUAUGGGCGGCCCUAUGGGCAUGGGAGGUUCCAUGUAUGGUAUGGGCGGUCCUAUGGGCAUGGGAGGUUCCAUGUAUGGUAUGGGCGUUCCUAUGGGUAUGGGAGGCUCCAUGUAUGGUAUGGGCGGUCCUAUGGGCAUGGGAGGUUCCAUGUAUGGUAUGGGCAUUCCUAUGGGUAUGGGAGGCUCCAUGUAUGGUAUGGGCGGUCCUAUGGGCAUGGGAGGUUCCAUGUAUGGUAUGGGCGGUCCUAUGGGCAUGGGAGGUUCCAUGUAUGGUAUGGGCGGUCCUAUGGGCAUGGGAGGCUCCAAGUAUGGUAGUGUCGUGGAUGCUGCAUCUCGUCGCGAUGGCUUUCUCGCACGCAAUGAACUUAUUCGGGCCAACAUCGCUCCAGUAAAACACUCAAAUAAUAACGAAGAAAAAAAUAAUGAAAAAGCCCCGUCACCCGUUCCCAAGAAGUAUGAAAAAGCAAUAUCACCCGUUCCCAAGAAGGAUGAAAAAGCAAUAUCACCCGUUCCCAAGAAGGAUGAAAAGGCCCCGACACCUGCUCUCAAGAAGGAUGAAAAAGUAAUAUCACCUGCUCUCAAGAAGGAUGAAAAGGCCCCGACACAUGCUCCCAAGAAGGAUGAAAAAGUAAUAUCACCUGCUCUCAAGAAGGAUGAAAAGGCCCCGACACAUGCUCCCAAGAAGGACGAAAAAGCUCCGACACCUGCUCCCAAUAAGGACGAAAAGGUCACCGUUGCCGACUCCGGGAGUUCUAACACCACCAACUUGGCAUCCAAGAAUGACAAACCCGAAACGGCGGUAGCCAAUAAUGCUGCUAGUGAAGAAAAGGCAGCCCCCAAGUCUCUGGUUUCUACUUCUCUGCACAGCACGGAGAAUUCAGCCGAUAAGAAGGAGGGGAGCGCAGAAAAGCCUGCGACGAAGGAGGAUAAGAAGAAAGAAGAGAGCAAAAAGGAGACGCUGAAGCCCCCAACGGGCACCAACAUCCGUGGUGUUGUGGUGAUUGUAAAAACGGCUGCAAGCGCUUCUUCUGCCGCUGUGACAAUGAAAAAUGCUACAACUGUGAUAACUUCGGGCAAAGAUGAAUUCUCUUUUGACGAAGUUAUAACCCACACAGAUCCAUCAAAAACCAUGGAAUCUGUCAUGCUUGAAGAUCUCCGCUGCCACUGGUUGGCGGGUCACAACUCCAGCCUGCUCAUUGGAACGACGAAAGGGGAAAUGAAGGAUGCUUUCAACUUAGGGACCCAAUUUAUUACAAAUACAUUGUCGGUGUUAGAGAAGGAGGGCUGUAAGUUUGAUGUGAGUGUGACCAUGGUGGCGGUGAAGGGCGGUAGUGAAGUCAAGGACCUUUUCAAAUCAUCAGGUGCCGCGUACGAAAAUAUUCAAUUGGCCUCCUCUCCCGUUUUUGGUCCGGCACUGAGGGGUAUGACCAGCAAAAAGCUCACCAAGUCCAGCGAGUGUGUGAAGUUGCUUGAAGAUGGAUUGGGGAAGCAUGAUAAGGAAAAGGAGCUUCUUGUGGCAUUCCUCGUCUUGAAGCAAAUGAAGAAGAGCAGUACGGGCGAUGAUACGGUCUAUCUUUCCACCUUGUGUCUUGUCGUUGCGGGGGAGGAGGUCUCACACCUCACGGGAAUAAAGGAAAAGAAGGCCUCCGAGCCGUGGACAUUGUUACGCUAUGCCGUUGGUGGGGCCAGCAACACCGUCUGCCUGCUUGCCGUGUCUGCGGAGGGGAAAAAGUCGUCAAACGUCAAUGCGGUCCUGGAGGUGGGGAAAACCAUGCGAGAGGUGAGGAACGGCAUCCCACGCAGCGGUAAUCUUAUGCAUUUU